CAGCAGAUGUCUCAUAGCCAUGUCCCAAUAAAGAAUAAGCUUCGAGCGACGUCGGUCCUAUACCUCACCCGCUACGUUUUUUUAAUAAUCGGCGCGACUCUGCACAUCGCUCCUCCAUCGUUCGAAUUUGGCGGGCGAAUCUCAGUGCCUUCUGCGAUAUACAACAACCGCUGUCUCGCGAAAAAAAAAUCGCAUCGCGCCGCCCCAGCAUCGUGUGUGAGUGAGUGCCUAGCCUACUAUGACCCGUCUAUGAACCAAACGCACUCGCCAUGGCCUACUACUACUAUCUGACAGACACGUUGCCAUUGAGUACAUGACUGACCAGUUUCAAAACUCAGGUGAACGCAAUUUACAAUGGUCGACACCCAGCACUUUUGUCUGCGCUGGAACAACUACCAGAGCAGCAUAACGUCAGCCUUCGAGAACCUCAGGGACGAUGAAGACUUCGUCGACGUCACGCUGGCCUGCGACGGAAAAAGUCUCAAAGCUCACAGGGUGGUGCUGUCCGCGUGCAGUCCAUACUUCCGGGAAUUGCUCAAGUCCACGCCAUGCAAGCACCCAGUGAUAGUCCUGCAGGACGUCGCGUGGACCGACCUCCACGCGCUCGUCGAGUUCAUCUACCACGGCGAAGUAAACGUCCACCAGAGGUCGCUGUCUUCCUUCCUCAAAACGGCGGAGGUCCUGCGGGUAUCGGGACUCACGCAACAACACGGAGAUGGCAGGGAUCAGGUGGCACAGGUGCAGAGUAUGGUGAGGCCGCACCAGCAAUCGACACCCAUCCCCAAUCAUCACCCAAAUUUCACGGAAAAGCUGGAAGAUGCGCUUUUCACAUCGCCCUCCUCGCCCCCGCAAGGUGCAACAGUGAACCAGUUGCUCAGGAGAGCCGCCAUGCAAUACAGGAGAGAAAGGCGGAUCCUGUCAGACCCCGAAAACGAGCACAAACGGGCCCGAGGCAGCGACCACUUAGGCCUCGCUCUGCACAAUAACAACAAUAACAAUAACGAGUUGAACCUGUCUCCCCACCACAUGACGCAUCCCCCUCAACCGCCACCCCCGCAAACGCAACCUGCGGAUUUCUCACCAAGCGCCAUGAAGAACAACGCCCUUAAUCUCAACCUCAAGUGUGAAGGAAACGGAAUCGGUAGAGACGCCCUACCUGGCGAUGGCUCCCCCGCAUGUUCCCCCUCACCUACGUCCCGCUGUCCGGAAGACAGUGGCGGCGGGGGAGGCCGACUAACAGGUGACGUCAAAAACGAACCAAUGGAGUUACUGUGUCAGGCAGGGGGAAACGGCAGUGGUGGGGGGAUGGAUGACAUCGGCAGCGAUGAUUCCACAGAUACCAAGCACCACAACGACAACGGGCUCAGUAAUCUACCUCAGGGCGCCCAUUCGGUGGGCAGCAACUCCACGGGCGGCGGAGGCGGGGACAACAGGGUCGGCAGCGGGGAUCACGACGAUCACGACACCAGCGCCAUCUCGCCGUACCUGACGCCAACAGAGAGCAAGCUGUUCGCCACAGCCGCUGGGACGUUCAACUUCAGUAUGGCCGCGUUGGCGGCCGAUCCAGCAGCGCUUGGAGGUUUGAACCAGUCUCUGCAGGGUAACGACUUGGCGGGCACAUCACAAGGUGUGGAAGAUUUUCGCUGUCAGCCUUGCAACAAAAGCCUGAGCAGCCUGACCAGGCUGAAACGUCACAUUCAGAACGUACACAUGCGUCCCAGCAGAGAACCGGUAUGCAACAUUUGCAAAAGGGUAUACAGCAGCCUCAACUCGUUGAGGAACCACAAGAGCAUCUACCAUCGCAACAUCAAGAACAUCAAGAGGGAGGGAGAUGAGGUCCAGGUGGCGAUAUCGCCGAAUUCUAACGCGCCACCUCCACCUCACCAUAUUCAUCCGCAUUCGUUCUAUUUGUGAAGUGUGAGAGCGUAACGCGUGCAAUUCCGAGUUUACGUUCCGUUUAGAUUCAAUAUAAUGCACUAAGUGACAACCAUUAAUCAUGAAUUUAUUACAAAGAUUUUCUAGGUACCUAUGAUUUUUUUUAUACUUGAACCACCACGAUAGCAU